AUGGCGUUUCUCCGUUUCUCUCUCUUCUUUUCUUCCAUUCUCUUAUCCACUCUCUACGUGAAAUGCGACAACGAUGAGGAAGACGUGCUUUUUCAGGGAGUCAACAAGUACCGUGCAUCAUUAAACUUGACUUCUCUAACAAAGAAUGACAAUGCUAAUUGUUUUGCGGAAGAAUUUGCUGACCAGUUCAAGAGUCAACCUUGUACAAAUACCACAGGUGCCAAUACAGUGCCAGGUACUGAACCUAAUUUCUCCAACUAUCCAGACCUUUUAACUAAAUGCCACUUAAAUAUUUCUGACACAAGGGAUGGAUCUAUAAUGCCUGCUUGUGUUCCUGGCCUUGUUCCGAGCAUUGUACUUUCUAAUUUCACACAAUCUCUCUACUCACAAAGUCUCAAUGACUCAAAGUAUACUGGAAUUGGUAUCGGUUCAGAAGAUAAUUGGAUCGUUAUUGUACUGACCACAAACACUCCUGGUGGAACCUUUGCUCCUGAGACUUCUAAUGGUGCCAAUUUUAUCAGCAAAAUUGGACUGGUUUUCUCUUCAAUCCUCUUAUUAGCUGUUAGUAUUAUCCUGUUUUGA